AUGUCAGUGACAGCCUCAGUGAGAGACUUUGCCUCCUUCCUGUCUUCUCUGCUGAAACUCCACGUGGUUUUGUAUGAGGCUAGGAGGGUGCUUCAGACCUGGGCUCCCCAGAUGAAGAGUGUGAGGCUGGGGCUAGUGCCAGGUCUUUCGUGUGUCAGGUUGGGGACCAUGUUGCUGUUGGGGAUAAUUUUUCUCUCAAGCAUAUACUGUGACACGGUCUCGGUAUAUUACUCUUCCUAUGAAAUAGUCAUCCCAAAGCGGCUGACGGUCAGGGGAAGUGAAGAUCCAGUGGAAAAGGCAUCCUAUUUGCUAUUUAUGGAAAGCCAGAAGCACCUGGUUCACCUGAAGGUGAAGAGAAGCCAUUUUGUGAAUAACUUUCCAGUCUACACUUACCACAAUGGCAUCCUGGGGCAAGAAUCACCUUUCAUGUCCCAUGACUGCCACUAUGAAGGCUACAUAGAAGGAGUGUCAGGUUCUUUUGUUUCUGUCAACACCUGUGAGGGUCUCAGGGGCAUCUUGAUCAAGGAGGAAAAAUCUUACAGCAUUGAGCCCAUGGAGUCUUCAAGACGGUUUGAACAUGUGUUAUAUACCAUGGCACACCAAGCGCGAGAGUCCUGCGGUGUCACUCCCACAGAUAGCCAUGUGGGGUCCACUAGCUGGCAACAAGGGAGCAAGAAGCCUCAUGAUCUACAGGCGCUGUCCUACUUGUGGUCACACCCCAAGUACGUGGAAAUGUUUGUUGUGGUCAACAACCAGCGGUUCCAGAUGUGGGGCAGUAACGUCAACGAGACGGUCCAGAGAGUAGUGGAUGUCAUUGCUCUGGCCAACAGCUUCACCAGGGGAAUAAACACAGAGGUGGUGCUGGCUGGAAUGGAGAUCUGGACCGAGAGGGAACUAAUAGAGGUCGCAGUGGACUUGCAAGUCACACUCAGGAAUUUCAAUCGCUGGAGACGAGAGAUGCUCUUCCAUCGUGCGAAGCAUGACGUUGCCCACAUGAUCGUUGGGCAUCAUCCUGGACAGAAUACGGGCCAGGCCUUUCUCAGUGGUGCCUGCUCAAGCGGUUUUGCGGCAGCUGUUGAGUCCUUCCAUCAUAAAGAUGUGCUGUUGUUUGCAGCCCUCAUGGUCCAUGAGCUCGGGCACAACCUGGGUAUUCAGCACGACCACUCGGCCUGCUUUUGUAAAGAUAAGCACUUUUGUCUCAUGCAUGAAAAUAUCACAAAAGAAAGUGGCUUCAGCAACUGCAGCUCUGACUACUUCUACCAGUUCCUUCGAGAACACAAAGGGGCCUGCCUAUUUAACAAGCCAAGGCCCAGGGCCCGCAAGCGUAGGGAUUCCACCUGUGGAAACGGUGUGGUGGAGGACACGGAGCAGUGUGACUGUGGUUCUGCCUGUCACCUCGACCCAUGCUGUGAUCCCACAUGCACUCUGAAGGAGAGUGCUGAGUGCAGCCACGGCCUCUGCUGCCUGGACUGCGCUUUCAGAAGGAAGGGGUUUUUAUGUCGUCCGACUCAAGAUGAGUGUGACCUCCCGGAAUAUUGUGACGGUAGCUCUGCAGAAUGCCCUGCAGACAGCUACAAGCAAGAUGGCACGCUGUGUGAUAGAAUUCACUAUUGCUCUGGGGGUCAGUGUAAGAACCCCGAUAAGCAAUGCGUGGAUAUAUAUGGGUACCCUGCAAGAUCUGCCCCGGAAGACUGUUACAUUUCAAUGAAUACCAGAGGAGACCGGUUUGGAAACUGUGGCCGUCCCACUGAGGAUCGGCAAAAGUAUGUUACAUGUUCAAGUGAUAAUGUAUUUUGUGGGAAACUCGUAUGUACAGGUGUUGAAUCCUUACCACGACUCAAAGCUCAGCAUACAAUGAUCCAGGUCCCUCAUGACGAUGACUGGUGCUGGAGCAUGGAUGCCCAUAACAUUACUGAUAUCCCUGAUGAUGGAGAUGUGCACAUCGGCACUUCUUGUGCCCCAAACAAAGUCUGCACGGAUUACUCCUGCGUUCAUCACUCCGUACUCCUGUAUGACUGCAGGCCAGAGGAAUCGUGUCAUGGG